AUGGGGAAACACUUCCACUUGUACGAGAACAUUUCUAAAGUGAGUCCCUUCGAGGGGCCACAGUAUUACCUGGCCCCUCACUGGGCGUUUCACCUGCAGACCAUCUUCAUGGGUUUAGUACUGUUCGCUGGAGCUCCCCUAAACUUCAUCGUUCUCUUCGUCACGCUCAAAUACAAGAAGCUCCGAGUCCCACUCAACUACAUCCUCGUUAACAUCUCCUUCGCAGGAUUCAUCUUCGUCACCUUCUCCGUCAGUCAGGUGUUUGUUGCCACCAUGAGGGGUUACUACUUCCUGGGUUACACCUUGUGUGCCAUGGAGGCUGCCAUGGGAUCUAUAGCAGGACUUGUGACAGCCUGGUCUUUGGCUGUCUUGUCUUUUGAGAGAUAUCUGAUCAUCUGUAAACCGUUCGGAGCCUUUAGGUUCGGCAGUAACCACGCUAUGGCUGCUGUUGCCUUCACCUGGUUCAUGGGAGUCGGUUGUGCCAUCCCACCUUUCUUUGGCUGGAGCAGGUACAUCCCUGAAGGUCUGGGCUGCUCCUGUGGACCCGACUGGUACACUCACAGCGAGGAGUUCAACUGCACCAGUUACACCCACUUCCUGAUGGUGACCUGCUUCAUCUGUCCGCUCAGCAUCAUCAUCUUCUCCUACUCUCAGUUACUGGGUGCUCUGAGAGCUGUAGCAGCUCAGCAGACGGAGUCCGAAUCCACCCAAAAGGCCGAGAAGGAAGUGUCGAAGAUGAUAAUCGUGAUGGUGGGAUCCUUCGUCUCCUGUUACGGCCCGUACGCUCUGGCAGCUCUUUACUUCGCCUACUCUACGGACGAAAACAAAGACUAUCGACUCGUCACCAUCCCUGCGUUUUUCUCCAAAAGCUCGUGUGUCUACAACCCGCUCAUCUAUGUCUUCAUGAACAAACAGUUUAAUGCCUGCAUCAUGGAGACGUUCUUUGGAAAGGUGAUGGACGAAUCAUCUGAAGUUUCUUCAAAGACUGAAGUGUCAUCGGUGUCCACAGCUUCUUAA